UUUUUUUUUUUUCACAUUCCGCGGCUCCGCCCACGGGUUGUGUAAUGCUUUUGGAUUCUCUGAGAUUUCUUGGAGCCUAUCUGUUUGCAGAUUGAAAUCGAUAAGCCGUAGUAUUCAAGAUAAUUCUCCUGCAAUCUCAGUCGACUCCUCAAAAAGUGAGUUUGGUUUGGCUGCCAUUGUUAUUUUGACGCCGCAUUAUGACGGACUUGCCUUCCCCUACUGGUUUUAUGUUCAUCCAUGACCCCAGCAAACUACUUCUCUGGCUAGCGUCUGUCUUUUCUGGUAUCAUCAUGUGCAAAAUUGUUUAUGAAUUGACAGGUUUGGUAAGUUUUCUGUGCUUCAGAGUAUAUGGAAAACUGCGGGAUGCAGAAAAAAUAGAAUGGAACAAUAGGGGUUUCUCAACUUUUCAUGCACUUGUUGUAGCAGUGGCUUCUUUAUACCUACUAUUAUUUUCAGAUCUUUUCAGCGAGAACUCUCUUGAUGAUUUAACUGUCAAUAGAACAUCAACUCUGUCAGAGACUAUAUUGGGGAUCUCCAUUGGUUAUUUUCUGUCAGAUUUGGCGAUGAUCCUUUGGCAUUAUCCAUCUUUAGGUGGUCCGGAGUAUAUCCUACAUCAUGGGCUAUCCAUGUUUUCCAUCUUCCUUUCUGUCAUAAGUGGUCAAGGACAGAUGUACAUACUAAUGGUUCUCUUCUCAGAGUGUACAACUCCUUUUGUAAACCUAAGAUGGUACUUGGAUGUUGGUGGUCAGAAGAGCUCCAAAAUUUAUGUCUUCAACGGUGUUGCAUUGUUCCUUGGCUGGCUGAUUGCUAGGAUUCUUUUGUUCAUCUUCUUUUUCCUCCACAUGGUUACCCAUUUUGAUCAGGUGAAGAAGAUAUUUCCUUUGGGAUUCUAUAGCUUGCUUACGGUGCCACCUGUGCUGGCAAUGAUGAAUGUGGUUUGGUUCUGGAAGAUAACUAGAGGGUUGGUAAAAACUCUUUCAAAAGCAAGACAUAAUCAGUGAGACGAGCACGUUGUUGUUUGCUGGGUGUAUUCAAUCAUACAAGAAUUGCACACUGGAUUCUUCCAUACAUCUUUUGUUUUAUUUAUACAUUUUUUAAAUGCCCAAAAUUGUAAAAUUCCAAUAGAAAAUUAUAAAUAGAUUGCUCUCUGUUCAUGAACUAAUAAGUGAGAAAUUAGAGUCAUAGGACAAAAGGUAGAUGUCAAAAUCCCAACAAAGUUGGAGUAAGUUACAGUAGGUUUGGAUCCAACAAUGGGAAUUUUUAAGUUGUUAGAUACUAAUAUUCAAAGGAUACUAUUU